CAGCCAACGACCAGUAAUUCCUCCAGUGCAUGUUGUUGCGCCGCGCAAGUUCCCGCUCUGUCUGCCGCCUCCGACCGUCCCGAACCAUCAUGACCACCCCAGCCGAUGCCAAAUUUGAUGGCGAAAUCAUCAGUGAAGGUCGCGCCAAGAUCCUCUUCCCCAAGGGUAACCAAGUCUUUUACAACAAGGUUCAGGUGCUGAACCGGGACUUGUCCAUUGCCGUCAUCAACCAGUUCGCGCACGAACGAGCGAAGGAGGCAAUCCUUAAGCAGCGUAAGCGUGAAAAGAACGAAGACGUGCCCACGGAGGAUGAAGUCCAAGCAUACGUCCGCGAGAAUGCCGACACGAAGGGCCUCAAAAUCUUUGAGGCACUGGCAGCUAGUGGCCUCCGCUCCAUCCGGUACUUGCAGGAAAUCGAAGGCGUCAAGUCGAUUCUUGUCAACGACUUGGACCCUGCUGCCGUCAUCUCGAUCAAGCGGAACAUCGAAUACAACCACUUGAGCACGGACAAACUGAUCCCGAACGAAGACGAUGCGACUGCUGUCAUGUACAGUCACCGAAAGGAAGCCGACAACUUUGACGUGAUCGACUUGGAUCCGUACGGGUCGGCGUCCAUCUUUCUCGACGGCGCUGUCCAAGCCAUUGCGAACGGCGGCCUCUUGUGCGUCACAUGCACCGACAUGCCUGUUCUCUGCGGCAAAGAUCCUGACGUGUGCUUCUCUCGCUACGGCGUCGUGCCGUACAAGUCCAACUACCUCCACGAGAACGCACUCCGCAUGGUGUUGCAUGCGAUCGAGUCCGCGGCCGUCAAGUACCAAAAGCACAUAGUUCCCAUCAUUUCGUGCAGCAUUGACUUUUACGUGCGCGUGUUUGUCCGCGUGUACAAAUCCCCCGUCAACGUGAAAGCAUCCAUGACCAAGCAAUCGUACGUGUACCAGUGCACCGGAUGCGACAGCUUUCACCUGCAGCCGCUUGGCAAGUUCAACGGCAAGACGUACCAUGCGUCGUUUGUGGAUGCCGACGUUGUCGGCAGUGGAAAGUGCGACCAGUGCGGCCGCCGCUUCAAGAUGUCGGGGCCGAUUUGGUCGGCGCCGCUCCACAACAAGGACCUCGUCCUCAAGAUUCGUGAACACGUGCUCAAGAACGCGGCCAAGUACCCGACAAAGGACCGCCUCCAUGGCCUCCUCACGUCAGUGUCGGAAGAAGUGGUCGAUGCCCCGCUCUACUACACCUUGCCUGGCCUGUCUAAGACGCUGCACUGCCAGCAACCUCGCAUGGACCAAGUGCAAGUGGCCCUUAUGAAUGCUGGGUACAAAGUGUCGCAGUCACACAAAGUUCCCGAGGCCAUCAAGACAACCGCACCCAACCACGUUGUGUGGGACAUCAUGAGGUCGUGGGUAAAGAAGCAUCCCAUCCACAAGAAGCGCGAAAAUGACGACCACGAUAUUGGUAUGAACAUUUUGGCCAAGGAGCCUGCUUUCGACGCGCAGUUCUCGGGGAAGCGGCCGUCCGCCGAGAAGGAGAAAGCGCUACGCUUCCCAAAGAACCCCGAAGCGAACUGGGGCCCAAAGAGCCGUGCACGAGGACUCGCACCGAACGAACUUGUAAACGUCGUCGAAGACGAGCAAGAACCCGAGGGCAAGAAGCCCAAGCUAGACGAGUAGAUGCUGCUGCCCUGCACCAUAGUAACGUGACAAUGCACGCAGUUAAUUCAUG